UUUUUGUGUUUUAAUUGAUUAUUUAUGUACAUAAUUUAUAAUACUGUAUUAUAGUAUAGUUUAUUCAUCGUCGCGCACUACGCCACGGGCAAAAAGCUCGAUUAUUCGGUUGGAGGGAGGGCGAUUCCGUCAUUGACAUAAUGACAUUCUCAUGAUGUGUUAUCGUACGAUUUCGUGGACACURCACAAACGAUUCCCAUCAUAUCAUACACCGGUAGUCGGUACGUUAGUACGUACAACGUGCUUGCUCGCCUAACCAGCAGACAUACAUCACGGAUAAUGUUUUUAUCAGUCGUCAAGAGAUUCGGAAACCCUAUUUUCGAUAUUAAUUGUUAAUUACCUAUGCGCGUUUUGUUUUUCUACUUUUAAUCAUUAAUACUAAUAAAAUACGCAAAACCCAUGGUCACGUGCGAAGUGAUCAGCGAGCGGAAUUACGAUUCCAAAUAAUAUCAUAAUAGUAUUAAUUAUUWUAUAAAUCAGACCGAUAUUGUUGACGACUACGCUCGGUCACGUGUACGGUGUACCACCGUAGUUUUUAUACCGAGCUGGCCGCGACAGUGAGUAGUCCGUCAUCAUGCGUCGUGAACUCCAAAUGCGACGGUGGUGUGMUGUCGCGUUGUUCGCCGCCUUUUGCUGCUGUAGCUGUUUGGCGCGAAUUAACUUCGAGGACAGUCUCGACGACGGGGCACUGUACUUGUCACCUAUGAUACGCGACGGUCGGGUCGACGAGGCGCGAACCGCAUGCAAAGUGCGCCUGGACAACAGCACCGCAGCGGCUGUGGACAGUUGUGCCGGUUAUCUGACCGUGGACGAGGCGCUACGUUCAAACUUGUUCUUCUGGUUCUUCCCCGCCGCGAACGGGUCCAGCGACGCGCCUGUCAUGCUGUGGCUGCAGGGAGGCCCGGGCGCGCCUAGCCUGUACUCGGUGUUCAACGAGCACGGUCCCUUCACGGUGGACGCGGCCGGCGUUCUACAGCCUCGCCGACACGCAUGGACUGUCACGCACUCAAUACUGUACGUGGACAACCCGGUGGGCGUGGGGUACAGYUUCACMGGYGAYGAUGCAGGUUACAGCACCAACCAGACAGCCGUCGCCCGGAACCUGUACGCCGCCCUGGUGCAGUUCUUCACGCUAUAYCCCGAGUACCGUCAAAACGAGUUCUACGUGGCCGGCGAGUCGUACGCCGGCAAAUACGUGCCAGCCGUGUCGUACGCCAUCCACCAGAACAACCCUGGGGCCCAGGUCAAGAUCAAUCUVAAGGGGCUGGCCAUCGGAAAUGGACUAAUUGAUCCCGCAAACCAAAUGGUAUACAGCGAAUUUUUGUAUCAGAACGGGCUCAUCGACGAGGACGGCAAACGAUUGUUUAAAGAGCAAGAGGAUGUGACCCGAGACCGGAUCAGCACGCGCAACUAUAAGGACGCGUACGAUGCGAUGACCAGUAUGAUGAUCACCACGCCGUCGUUGUACAGUGAGCUGACUGCAAUGCGGAACAUCUACAACGUGGUGUGGAACAGGAACCCGAUACCAUUCGAGGGCGGCUACUGGGAUCGGUACGUGCAGGGCCCGGUGGCACGAGCCGCGCUGCACGUGGGCCGUCGCCAGUGGUCGUCGGUGGACGCAGUAUACGAACGGAUGAAGUACGACAUACCGCUGUCCGUAGCACCGUGGCUCGCCGAACUUCUAGACGCUGGCCGAUACCGCGUGCUCCUCUACUCCGGACAGCUGGACGUGAUCGUACCGUACCGGGGCACGGUGAAUGUGGCCAGGGCGCUCCGAUGGACGGGCGCUGAGCUGUUCGGGAAUGCGACGCGUACCGUCUGGUACUGCGCCGCAGAGGUSGCUGGUUUCGCGACCUCCUAUGGGCCGCUCACCGUGCUGCUGGUGAGGAACGCUGGUCACAUGGUGCCGUACGACCAACCGGCUUGGGCACACGACAUGAUCAAUCGGUUCACGUYUGGCAAGCCAUUUGACUGAAACGCCACUUGGCCGCGAACGCACGUUGCCCAUUUAUGUUAAGCGAAAUACAAUUUAGGUGCAGUAUUGAAGUUUGCCUAUACCUACAAACUACCAUAAUAAUCGCAAGUCUAUUUUUCUACAAAUUUAUUUCAAUAUUUUUGAAAAACCGUUUUUAUUGUUCGUCAUUUGCGGUGUGGUGUGAUUUUAGUUUUGUGGUUGUGGCUGCAAAAUGUUCACUUUACAGUCAAACCGUCGACUGCGAUAGUUAGCGAUUGCCAAUAACAUAUAGUUUAAACCAUGGGCAUUUUUGUCGCCUGUGAAGGUUUCGGCCGUCAUCGGGGUGUAUGCAGGAUUGCGUACAUAUUGGCAACUCCAUUCGCUGUUUCCCGAAUAUAAUACAAUGAAGUGUAAUAUAAUAUAUAAUAUAUACAUUUCAACAUUUGUAGCCUUGUAGGUAAAUUAUAUCACAUUCGUGAAGCUCAGUUCUAUACAUAUGCCCAUCACUCACAUCGACGGUUGCAUACAUGAUGCAUGCAUGUCCAUUUUAUGAAACGUAAAAACUUUUACGAUUAGGAUAUAGCUUCACUUUAUUAUUUAAUACUUCAUUUAUUUUAAAAAUUUUUUGCUCAACGAUUUAUUUUAUAUUUUUUCAACAGAACCCUGUAAUCGUUAGUAACUACACCAGCUAAAGUGUUAAAUAAUAACGAUAAUAUUUAUGAAUUAAAUAUAUGUAUAAUUUCUAUG